AUGGGAUUAUUCAAGACUUCCUUUUCUCUAGCAAUAAACAGUGGAAAAUCUGGUGUAAGAAAUAAUGGAAAUUUACGCAUCCGUCCGCUGUUAUCGUGCGCACCUGUCAUGAUGGUGUGCGGCGAGAGGAAUGCGCACACGCAGGACCUCACCAAGAACAUUCAGUAUAUCAGCAACGACAAAGUUAAGCUGGUAGCGGACCCUAAGACCAUGAGGUUAGACAAGCAGCUAAACAGACCAACGUGUAUCAUGAUCAACUGGCUCCUGGCACGCCAGAAGCACGUGAUGAAAUACGCAAAUCUCUACUUGGAGCAGGGUUUCGAUGUGGUCUCCGUUUCGUGUACUCCAUGGCAGCUCAUGUGGCCUCUUAAAGGUUCCCAAUUAGUAGCAGGUGACUUGCUACGCUUUAUGCAAGCGAACGAAAACGAGCAGCCGCUGGUGGUGCACGGGUUCUCAGUUGGUGGAUAUAUCUGGGGUGAACUUUGCGUCCAUGUUAUGAAGAACAAGGAACUGUAUCAACCUGUUUUGGACCGAGUGGCGGCCCAAGUGUGGGAUUCUGCUGCUGACAUCACAGAGAUUACUAUUGGCGUGCCUGCAGCUGUCUUUCCCAAGAACAAGAUAAUGCAGAAAACGCUCAAGGCGUAUAUGGAGUAUCACCUAAAGUCUUUCCAUGAUACGGCCACAGUGCAUUAUAUCCGCUCGUCCCAACUGUUCCACACUAAUCUGUGCCACGCUCCAGCCCUCGUCCUGCUGUCUGCGAGUGAUCCCGUCGGCGCUGAGAGGAGCAACCGAGCCGUAUAUGACAGCUGGGUGAAAAUGGGCAUGAAGUGCACAUGGCACUGUUGGGAUAGAUCACCUCACGUACAACACUUCAACAAACAUCGUGACGAAUACAUAGCUCUCAUGCAAGCACAUCUGCGCAAGUACGUCCCUUUCGAAAACAUGGCGCAAAAGAACCGUGCGAUCGCCUGA